ACAAGUGCUUCAGAACGCGAUUCAGCCAAGUAAUUUUGACGAAGCAGGAAAAUGGUUUCGUGUUUCGUUACGUUUUAGUUUCAUUUAUGCAAAGUAUUAUCACAACUAUUGACUCAUUCUUUUAUUCAUGUUAUUGUCUUGUUUUGUCUAAUUGUGUACGAUAGAAUAUUAAUGUUCUGACCUCAGACAGGUCUGAGGGAUUAAAACACAGGCCCUCUGAGAGUCAGCCGGCUCGGACUUUUGUUUCCUCGUUAUGACGUUAUGUAAAAUAAAACCAAAUAUGUAUUCUGGCAAAAGCAAUGAGAGAUGAGGACUUAAUAAAGAAUUUCCACGUCGUCGAGUUUCAAAUAACUUCGCACUUAUCAAGCCCCGCUUGGCUUCGAUUCACAGACUUCGGUUGAAGCCACCUGUUCGGAUUGUACGUGUUAGCAGGUCUGGAUGCUGAAACAAUUUGGAAAUUGCCACUUGCUUUGGACUUGAAAGGUGAAGCAAUUAUCGACAUUUCUUUUUAUGGGCAAAGAUUGUAGCAGUUUAGGGAGCAACUGCAGAGCAUGAAGUCUGGAAUGUUUGUUGUGUCGUCUUACAAAAUUGAGGGAGGAAUUAUCAGGGUUGGGCAGACCAGCCCGGUAAAUAGUGCUGCAAAGACCAGCUACACCAUGGACGAGGCGAUAGCAAAACUUAGACGGGUUUUGCGAGAAAUGAAGGAGCAGGAUAAGACAAUUUACCGUCAGCUCAUGACUUUGAAUUCAAACAUUUCGCGACUCAAAAAAGAAAUUAAAGGAGAAGAGGACGUGAAAAGAAAAAAUGACAUGGCGCUUGAGUAUGACUAUGAUUCCCUCGACUCUGAUGAAAGCUGUUCCGAUUUCGACAUAAGUGAUUUCGAGGAGGAUGACACACAAAUCAAACAACUUGUGACAAAUUUAUCAAUGACAGAGAGCAGUUUAACAGAGAACGCUGACAGAGAUUCUAUUCAUGAGAGAUUUGACUCUGGUAUCCAAGAAGAUGCAAGCUACAAUAUCAGCCAAGAAAGCAAGGAAACAACCAGUGAACUGAGUCCUACAAAAAGAGGAAACAAGCAAUCUUGGAAUGGAGAGAGGUCUUCAAGGUAUGACUUCUUGUUAAAAGCCUCAAAUGCUUCGGGCAGUGAAGACUCUCAGUGCAGUUUCGACAACGAAAUAGCAGUAGAAGGGAAAGUAAAUGCUGAUAGAAUGGUCGAUGUGGCUUCAUCUAAUGUAUGGAAUAGAAACAGUGACGUCGAAAAGCAAGCGACCAAAAACGAAGGGAACACACAGGUAGAGAAAAAUACACAAAUGACAGUUACUUCACAGGCCUACGAAGACGAGCAUGUUUUGCAACGAAGUCAAACGAUGCAACCGCGAAAAAUGUCAUCAAGGUCAGAGCAAAAGUUAUCAAAACACAGACGAACGCAAUCUGAAGAUCAAUUCAAGUCAGAUGUAAACUCUAUGACUAAUGGAGAAAGCAGAACUGGUUACCAGACUCCUUUAUCAGCAAGAGAGCGGUAUCAUUACCGCAAUUUAGGCCACAUUUCUGAAAAUGGGAAUGCAUCAACUUGGAAUGCUUUUGAUUCACGGAACUAUAGGAGUUCCGAAAGAAUAGUGCGUAAAGAAAGACCGAUGCUUAAAAAGGCAGCAAAAAGCAAGCACUUUAGUAAGUUAGCUGACCAAAAUAAAGCCCUAAAUAGAAGCCUAACACAGCUCAACCUCGAAGGGGCAAUUUCAAGUCAUGCGAUUAAGGCGAUUAAGAGGUCAGUCUCGAUUACGAAUUGCUCGGUUUUCACGAUUGAUAACGACCAAACAAACGGCUGUUUGACGAUUCCUUAUGGAGAUAACGUUAACGGACCAAACGUGAUAAAAGAUAACAAUCGAUUGCAGAAAAGAGCAUCUGCUUCUAUUACAAUGAGUGACGGAGAACCCAAGUUUACGAGUGGUUUUGAAGUUGGAUAUAGAACUCAUCCAAACGGAAUGGUAUCCAGUACAAUAUCGUUGGUAUGACGAAUGCGCGUGAAACUCGCAUCAGUCUCGCGUGUGGAUAACUCUUGCAUGUUAAUGAUCAAACAUGCCCUAGAAAAAUGUCUAGAGUAAUUGUUUCAUAGGGGGAGUUAACAAUUCGUAGAAGUAGCUGGAACCAGGAAUAUCGUAACUUCGUUGCGCGGAUGAUGUCGAUAAUCAUACCGAACACGACUCCUUGAAUAUUAAAGAGGCUCAUUAAUAUCAAGGAGGCAAAAAUACACAAUUAGGAGGCUAGACAUGUAGAAAACGCUAGCGAAUGUUAAGAACUAUAUAAUGUGAGUGAUAUGGACCAUGGCUGAAAGCUGUUAAUCGUUCUGACCAACUAAGAACCUUGUCAUAAAUGCAAUCAUCGUUGAGGUUGGGGUUGUUGUUAAAGCCCCAAAUAAAAAUAACUUCUUUCAUAUCAAUGUUUAUAGUCAGAGUUCAUCUUUGUAAUGAGGACUACUGUUAUUCUGCUUUCUCACUCUCCUUCCGACUAAACCCCCUAGCCCAAUUUGAAAAAUUCCCAGAUCCUUUAAUGAAAUAUUACACGUUUUACUAGUUUGUCUCAUUCAAAUCGCGUCGGCGUUGGGUGAAAUUAGCAACCCUGAGACCGGUUGUAGAAUUUAGUAAAAAGCAAGGUUAUUCAUAGAGUAAAGUUUAUGAGAUUUAUACAACGUAUGGUCAAGGCACCACAUCAUUGACCGAAAUAUCAAACAAUUUUGCGAGUGACGAAUAGCUGCUGUAAAUAUUUUUCGUAUCUUGAGAAAUUUUGAUUCUGUCUUCAGUUUGUAAUUAAUCGAGGGGCGAUUCACUCUUGCGAAUAGCGUACGAGAAUUUACUCAAAAACGAAAGGAUUUCUGGGGAUUUUCUGAUAAAACAAUAGGAUUUUCACAAAAGGUGUACGAGAUUUUCUUAGAGUGAUUUGCCCCUCGUAAUUAAUAAUGUAUAACCACGCCAUGUUAACUGAAAAAACUAGAUAGUCAGAAUAAAUGUAUUUCAGCAGUAAAAACCCAGUAAGUGGGAUAAAAUCACGAAGAGAUCAUUUGAUUUCAAAAUGGGGAUUACUACUUAAGUCUAGAAUUCCAGGCCUUUGAAAAUAAACGGUCAAUGUCUUCUCCCACUAAACAGUAUCCAUUUGCAAAAAUGGUGGCAAACAGACCCUAAGUGGUUUUAAACUAUUCACACUAAUAGAUUUCCCAAUACUCACUUUCCUAAAAUUUUUUAAAUAUGAGCUAAUUGAAGGAGAGGUGUCUGAUGACAAAAUAGUUUGGAUUGAAGCGUAUCCUGAAAUUCCAGAUAACCAUUGACGUAUUAAGUUUGUAUCGCUAAGAGAGAUUUUGUAACGGCGUGAAGUAGUUCAAAUUCACCUCACAACGGUUGUAUUGAGAUGAUCAUGAUUAAUAUAAUAAUGACGAUCUUCCAUUUGUA